AUGCAGGCUGCUCGCAUUCCUUGCCUUCAAGAGGCUCAGAAAUGCUUCAAGAACGACUACAAUCUACUGAUGGAGAACAAGUCACUUCAAAGCCGCUCCCAGCUCAUCAAGCUUUCACCGAUCAUUAGCAAGGAUGGCCUUCUUCGAGUCAUUAGCAAGAAUGGCCUUCUUCGAGUCGGUGGACGACUGGAUAAUUCACAAAUACCAGCUGAUGUCAAACACCCAAUUUUGCUUCCCAAAUCGCACAGCAUUACAAGGAUGAUUUUGGAACACGAACAUGCGUCAAAUCUGCACCCUGGAGUUUCAGCACUUUUUGUCAUUAUCCAUCAAAAAUAUUGGGUCUUUGGCGCACGCAACCUCAUAAGGAAUCUGGUGCACAAUUGCAUCAAAUGUUUUCGCCAACGAAAUCAAACAGCACAACAAUUCAUGGCCGAUCUACCGGGGAUUCGCAUUAAGGAAGCACUUCCCUUCCAGCUCUCAGGCUGCGAUUACGCUGGACCAUUUAUUCUCAAGGAAAGAAGAGGGCGAAAUCCACGGAAAACUAAGGGUUACAUAUGUCUGUUUGUCUGCCUCGUAAAAUCAGCCAUUCACUUGGAACUGGCCACCGAUCUCAGCACAGACACCUUCAUAGCAUGUCUUCGUCGUUUCAUGUCUCUGCGUGGGAAAUGUUCUCAAAUCUUUAGCGACAACGGGACGAAUUUUGUUGGGGCCAAGCGGGCUUUAGAUGAAAUCUAUAUCUCCACAGGAGCAUCGUAA